UCCAAAACCGCCGCGCCGAAUUUGAUUUCGAUUUCAAGAAAAAAUGCGUUGAAAGAGUUAAAUAAAUCAAAAAAUGGGGAAAAAAACAGCAGCAGCCGCAUCGAGUGGAUAUCGCUUGAGUCCUGGUGAGGUAGAAGCGCUUAUUCAAGAAGAAAAACGAAAACGAAGAAUAAAGCGAAUUCUACAGGUUAGAGAGCAAGCGAAAUCCAAUGCAGCGGACAUCCGACAGGCGGUCAAGGAGGAAGAGGUAAAACAGAAAAAAGAACUUGGAAAGAAAAUAUUGAAAGAAUGGGAGAGCGAACGUGAGGAGAAGCUCAAACGUCUUGAACAGGAAUAUGACGCAUGCCUGCGGACGAUCGGACAAGGUCACGCAGAGGCAAACUAUGUAGAAAAGGAGAAUCGUGAUUUCGCCAAACAGCGCCUAUCGGAGAAAGACGCCGAGAUUGCCGCCGCACGUCAUCGUGACGCCAUGCUCCGUGAGCUGGACGAGCGCCGCGCCGAACAGAUGGAGAGAACAAAACAGAUCCGGGCCAGGAAAGCUGCCAUUUUGAAGGAAAAGGAGAGAGCUGCUAAAGUUGCCGCUCUGCCACCGCCGAAACCAGACCCCUGGGCUGAGGUUGAGUUGCCAAAACACAAACCAGUGGUACUGGUCGAUGCUGAGGCUUUCUCUUCUACAUACUUCCACAUGGUGGAUGAGGACUAUGCAGUGCAGAAGGCUAUGUCCUUUGAACAGGUUGGUAACAUUUUCUCCACUAAUAAUACGGGGUUCUCCACAGAGUUUUGUCAAGGUAGGGAGGUACCCUUGAUAUUCAAGUAG